UUUCCUGAGCCUUGCCCACCACGCUUUUCCAGGCCACAGCGUCCUUCUUUGACUCUUCUCUCCCUGAUUUUGAACAAUACACACUCUCAUUCUCAUUUAUGUAUAUAUACACACACAGAAAUGUGUUCUUUUUAUUGGAAUAUAUACCUAGCCAUCCAAGGAGGUCAAUACUGAACACUCUCCACAUCUCAAAACCCCUCAAUAAUGGAGCUUUUUGAUUCAACAAGGCAUGGUAUGCUAAUUUUCUUCUCAAACUCGACCUCACUAUUGUAUUCAGGUAUUAGUUUUCUCCUUGAACCAAUUUUCCUACAUGGGUUUUCUGGUUCGUUACACUUAGUUUUAUUGGUGGGGUUGUUUUUGUCCUGGGUAUCCAAGAAAAUUACAGGGAAUCGUGUUGAAGGCUCUAAGGAGAGGUUUAAGACUAGGAGGGUUUUGUGGUACAAACAGACUCUGGUUUGUUGUUUGGUUGUGUCAGUAUUUGAUCUUGUGUUAUGUUUGUUAAGCUACUUCUAUUGGUAUAAAAGUAGUUGGUCCGAUGAAAAGCUAGUGACCCUUUUGGAUUUAGCACUUAGGACUCUUUCAUGGGGGGCUGUUGGUGUUUAUUUGCAUACCCAAUUCUCCAAUUCAGGGGAAUCAAAGUUCCCACUUCUUUUGAGAGUUUGGUGGGGUUUCUAUCUGUUCAUUUCUUGUGAUUCCCUUGUUAUAGACAUUGUUCUUUGCAGAAAUCAAGUGUCUUUACCCAUCCAGUACCUAGUAUCUGAUAUAGUGUCUGUCCUCACUGGUUUAUUCCUCUGUUAUGUGGGGUUUCCUAGAAAUGAGGGUGAAAAUACCCUUCUUGUGGAACCCCUUCUGAAUGGUAAUGUGAGCUCAGCUAAUGGGGCAGAAGCUAAUAAGUCGAAAGGUGGAGAUAUUGUAACCCCAUAUUCAAAUGCUGGUACUUUUAGUCUUCUUUCUUUCUCUUGGAUAGGCCCACUAAUCGCCAUUGGGAAUAAGAAAGCACUCGACCUUGAGGAUGUUCCUCAGCUUGCUAGUUGCGAUAGUGUAGUUGGGGCCUUUCCAACUUUCAGAAAUAAACUUGUGUCUGCCAGUAGUAGUAGUGGUAGUGUGACCUCCAUGAAGCUAGUGAAAGCUUUGUUCUUCACAGCUUGGAAAGAAAUUUUGUGGACGGUUCUACUUGCAAUUCUCUACACUUUGGCUUCCUAUGUUGGCCCAUACCUUAUUGACACUUUUGUUCAAUACCUUAAUGGCCGACGGGAAUACAAAAAUGAAGGAUAUGUUUUGGUUGCUAUAUUCUUCGUUGCAAAGCUGGUAGAGUGCCUCUCGCAGAGGCAUUGGUUCUUCCGAUUGCAGCAGGUUGGAAUUAGAAUGCGAGCUGUGAUGGUGUCAAUAAUAUACAACAAGGGUUUGACACUUUCUUGCCAGUCAAAGCAGAGCCAUACUAGUGGUGAGAUAAUCAAUUUUAUGACCGUUGAUGCGGAAAGGAUUGGUGACUUUUGUUGGUACAUGCAUGAUCCAUGGUUGGUUCUUGUGCAAGUUGGUUUGGCCCUGGGGAUUUUGUAUAAAAAUCUUGGGCUUGCAGCAGUUGCUGCUUUAAUUGCAACUGUAAUUGUUAUGUUGGUGAAUUAUCCUCUGGGAAGAUUGCAAGAGAAGUUUCAGGAAAAGUUGAUGGAAUCGAAAGAUAAUAGGAUGAAGGCAACAUCUGAGAUUUUAAGAAACAUGAGAAUUCUCAAGCUUCAGGGGUGGGAGAUGAAAUUUUUAUCGAAAAUUAUUGAUCUUAGGAAAACUGAGGCAAGUUGGUUGAAGAAAUUUGUUUACAGCUCAGCCAUAACUUCUUUUGUCUUCUGGGGUGCUCCCACUUUUGUGUCCGUGGUCACUUUUGGUACCUGUAUUCUUUUAGGAAUACCACUUAGUUCAGGGAAGAUCUUAUCUGCACUUGCAACAUUUAGGAUUCUUCAAGAGCCAAUCUAUAAUCUCCCUGACACAAUUUCAAUGAUAGUGCAGACUAAGGUUUCCCUUGAUAGACUUGCAUCUUUUCUCUGUCUCGAUGACUUGCAAUGUGAUGCUAUAGAGAAGAUAACAAGAGGUAGCUCUGACAUAGCAAUUGAGAUAGUCGAGGGUCAUUUCUCUUGGGACUUGUCUUCUUCCAUUCCAACACUAAGAGAUAUAAAUUUCAAAGUAUACAAUGGCAUGAGGGUUGCUGUUUGUGGUACCGUUGGCUCGGGCAAGUCUAGCUUACUCUCAUGCAUAUUGGGAGAAAUACCCAAGUUAUCUGGGACCCUCAGACUGUGCGGCUCAAAGGCUUACGUUGGUCAGUCCCCUUGGAUCCAAAGUGGGAAGAUUGAGGACAACAUUUUGUUUGGCAAGGAGAUGGACAGAGAAAGGUAUGAGACAGUGCUUGAAGCUUGUGCACUGAAAAAGGACCUGGAAAUCCUCUCAUUUGGUGAUCAGACAAUUAUAGGUGAGAGGGGAAUCAAUUUGAGUGGUGGACAGAAGCAAAGAAUACAGAUCGCUCGUGCUCUUUACCAAGAUGCUGAUAUCUAUAUAUUUGAUGAUCCUUUUAGUGCUGUAGAUGCUCAUACCGGGUCUCACUUAUUUAAGGAGGUUUUGCUGGGCAUUUUGAGUUCAAAAACAGUGAUUUAUGUAACUCACCAAGUGGAGUUCUUACCUGCUGCUGAUUUAAUCCUAGUCAUGAAAGAUGGAAGGAUUACACAAGCUGGAAAGUACAAUGAAAUUCUCAAUUCUGGACCAGACUUUAUAGAGCUUGUGGGAGCGCAUAAGAAAGCUUUAUCAGCACUUGAUUCCGGUGAGGGAGAGCCAAGUUCUGAAAAAGAGAUUAGCAGGAAGGGAGAUGAUGUGAUGAGUAGUGCAAAUGGGGUUGCUCACAAACAAGAAAACAAAGAUUUACAGAAUGGUGCAGCAGAGGACACAGCUGGGCCAAAAGGUCAGAUCAUUCAAGAAGAAGAGAGAGAGAAAGGUAGAGUUGGAUUUUCAGUCUACUGGAAGUAUAUCAGAAUGGCAUAUGGAGGAGCUCUUGUUCCCUUUAUAUUACUGUCACAAAUCCUCUUCCAAAUUCUUCAAAUCGGUAGCAAUUAUUGGAUGGCUUGGGCAACUCCCGUGUCAGAGGAUGCGAAACCUGUCGUUGGGCUUUCCACAUUAAUGCUUGUGUAUGUAGCUUUGGCUAUUGGAAGUUCUUUCUGCAUCCUUUCCAGAGCUACACUUCUCGUAACAGCUGGGUACAAGACAGCCACUCUCCUGUUUAAUAAAAUGCAUCUGUGCAUUUUCCGCGCCCCCAUGUCCUUCUUUGAUGCCACACCUAGUGGGCGAAUCCUUAAUAGAGCGUCUACUGAUCAAAGUGCUGUGGAUAUGAACAUUCCAUAUCAGAUUGGGUCCUUUGCUUUCUCAAUAAUCCAGCUCCUGGGCAUCAUUGCGGUAAUGUCUCAGGUUGCAUGGCAAGUGUUUAUUGUUUUUAUCCCUGUGAUUUCGGUGAGCAUCUGGUAUCAGCAAUAUUACAUACCUUCUGCUCGAGAACUUUCAAGAUUGGUUGGAGUGUGCAAAGCUCCAGUGAUACAACAUUUUGCUGAAACCAUAUCAGGAUCAACCACUAUCAGGAGCUUUGAUCAAGAAUCAAGAUUUCGUGAAACAAAUAUGGAACUAGCAGAUGGAUACUCUCGGCCAAAAUUCCAUAUUGCCGCUGCAAUGGAAUGGCUAUGCUUCCGCCUGGAUAUGUUGUCUUCCAUCACGUUUGUUUUCUCUUUGAUUUUCUUAAUUUCUAUUCCGGAGGGCAUUAUUGAUCCAGGUAUUGCGGGUUUAGCUGUGACAUAUGGACUCAAUCUAAAUACGCUACAAGCUUGGGUGAUAUGGAAUCUUUGCAACCUGGAGAACAAAAUUAUAUCGGUCGAGAGAAUAAUCCAGUACACUUCUAUUCCCAGUGAACCUCCUCUUGUCAUAGAAGAAAAUCGGCCAGACCAUACUUGGCCAUCACAAGGAGAAGUUGAUCUUAUUGAUCUGCAGGUCAGGUAUGCCCCCCACAUGCCACUAGUUUUGCGAGGUCUCAAAUGCACUUUUCCAGGAGGAAAGAAAAUUGGCAUUGUUGGGAGGACGGGCAGUGGGAAAUCAACUCUUAUACAAACACUCUUCAGAAUUGUUGAACCUGCAUCUGGUCAGAUUAGGAUAGAUGGCCUCAAUAUCUGUUCGAUUGGACUGCAUGAUUUGAGAUCAAGACUAAGCAUUAUUCCCCAGGAUCCAACCAUGUUUGAAGGUACCAUCCGCAGCAAUCUGGAUCCCCUUGAAGAGUACACUGACGAACAGAUUUGGGAGGCUCUGGAUAAGUGCCAAUUAGGGGAUGAAGUUAGGAAGAAAGACGAGAAACUAGAUUCGACAGUAACCGAGAAUGGAGAGAAUUGGAGUAUGGGUCAGAGGCAACUGGUCUGUCUAGGCCGCGUACUACUCAAGAAAAGCAAGGUCUUGGUGCUUGAUGAAGCCACUGCUUCUGUCGAUACAGCUACCGAUAAUCUAAUUCAGAUUACUCUCAGACAACACUUUACAGACUGCACUGUCAUAACCAUUGCACAUCGAAUAACUUCCGUUCUCGACAGUGAUAUGGUUCUGCUUCUGACUCAUGGGCUUAUUGAGGAAUAUGACACUCCAACAACAUUGUUGAAGAACAAGUCUUCAUCUUUUGCACAACUGGUAGCAGAAUAUGCAGCAAGGUCUAGUUCGAGCUUUUGAGAAGUCGACUUCUGACAAUUGAAUGAGUAAAUCUCACUCUCAGCUCAGAUGUCUUUCUUGAUGAUGAAGAAAAAUUUAGGUUGCAUGAUCUGCUUCAGACUCUGAAUAUGUAUUCUAGUGUCUGCAAUGUAUCUUAGGAAUUUAGUGUUAAGAGUUAGUGUGAUGGUAUGCUUACAAGUUACAAUAAGGCCCUAAAUAAAAUCUUAAAUCUUUUUCUUUUUAA